UUUGUUUUUCUUUUCAUUCUUUCUUGCUCGUAGUGUGUCUACCGGCGUUAUAUUUUCAAAAAGCGGUAUUGUGAUUAUAACUACAAAUACAAAACAAUAUUAGCCAAUGACUGUAUUGUGUAUCUUGGUAAUCUAAACAAAAAAUGUCUAAACAGUAAUUUAUAAAUUAGAAACUGUUUCAUUCAAGGAAUCAUGGACGACGACAUAAAGAAGUUCUGUCCAAACUGUUCUCAACUUUAUAAUUUACAACUAAACCCUUCAUCAAGGCCACAAGGAAACUUACCACUAUUCCUGCCAUGUGGCCACUCAAUGUGUGAAAAUUGCAUUGUAAACAUUGCAAAAUGCCAGGAGCCUAUUGAAUGCAAAGUCUGCCUUUGCGAUGCAGACGUGAAGAUAAAUGAUAUGAAUGCAUUCCUUCGAGAUAAAAAUGUUUUGUUCUCAAAGUUUCCCAUAAAUGUUCAGAUGGUGGGUGAGCUAGCUGUGAGUCGGAUGAAGGAUUCAUAUUCCCCUCACGAGAAACCCGAAGAUGACUUUUUCAUUGACUUAAAAGCUUUGUUAAAUUCUGCAGCAGAACAAGGCAAUUGUGUCGAAUGUGAUGUAGCUACAUCAAAAAUGUGUAAAGAGUGUGUCACCAUCUUGUGUGAUGCUUGCUUCAAUAAAACUCACAAAAACUACAUUGUUUUCAAGAACCAUGUACUACAAAGUAUUGAAACAACUAUGUUACCCAGUACCUGCAAGCAGCAUCUUCAGAAGCCACUUGAUUAUUAUUGCAAGGAUUGCAAGAAGUGUUUAUGUACAGACUGCAUGAUACUCGGUGGAGACAAAUCUUGCAAGAACCAUGAAGUGGUGUCUUUGCAGGAAAUUAAUGAGACCUUCUUGGAAGAAUUAGUUGAAAUAUCUCCUAAAGUUGACGAAACCUACAGAAGACUGACAAAAACAGCUGUUGAUAUUGGAUAUUUGCUUUAUAACUUUCAAAAUGAUUCUGGAUCAGCAAAAGACCUCACCGUUAUUCUGGCCAGUGUGGAACAACACUUCUCAAAGCUUUUCUCUAUCAUACAAAAACAUAAGGAAGAAAUCGUAAAUAUAAUAUUAUACUUAAAAUUUUCUGAAAAGAACUCCUUGCAAAGAGCUAAAUCUGAUAUAGCGAAUUCUAUUAAGAAAGCCAAUAAUGUGUUAGAUUUGAUAGCAAUUGCAACAGACACCAAAAAUAUUAAAAAGAUUAAUUUGCCAGCACUUUUAGAAGAAGCUAAAGAAAUUUUGAAUGUUCCCUGGUAUCUGGACAAGAAAGAAUCGGACAAGGAACCUCUCAAGGUGACUGUAAAUGAAGACUUGUGUACCCUAGUCAGUGACUAUCUGCACUUGGAAGGCAAUGUGAAGUCUGUGUACAAGAUGUAUUCCACGGCAGAACUCAGUGACGAUGUGGAAAUACCACCAGCUCCCGCCAAACCAGUUAUGCCACCGGAAUUGCCUAAAGAUGCGAGACUAUCAAAACCAAAUAAGCCCAAACCUGAACCUGCUAAACCGCCAGCUUUAUUCACAAAUGCGCCCAGGUACCGUAGCAAGAGUGGUUCAGUCUCAUCUAUGAAUUCUAGCUGCAGCGAGAAAUCAAACAGAAGCUACAUUGUCAAAAAUCAGUACCAACAGCAACCUAUUGUUCAGCCAGUUGCACCAUUUGAAGAAAACCAACAUCCACAGCAAUUGAGUGAAGGUGCUCAAGAAUUGAUCUAUGUUACGCACAUUGUGAAUCCACACAACUUCUUCGUACAAAGGGCGUGUUUCCAAAGACUGGUUAAGGAAAUGGUGCGGGAGUUCCGAAAUGCUGUAUCUUUCGCAAAACCUUCUGUCAAUCAUAUCGCGCCAGGUAAAACAUACUUGGCUUUCAACAAGGCUGAUAACAUGUGGCAGAGAUGCCGCGUUCUUGGAAUCGACAUGUCCAAUAAGAAUCCAAUAGUUCAAGUUUUCUGUUUUGAUUUCGGAAGCAUCGAGUUUGUCUCAGCCGAUAAGUUGCGGCUUUUGCCACCUUCAAAAAUACAGAGUCCAUAUCCACUCGCCAUCAACUGUUCUUUGGCUAAUUGUGUGCCAAUAACUGGCAAUUGGACUAGUGACGAUUCUUUUCUCAUUCAACAUAUCAUUGACAAUAAACAGGCUGUGCUUCACGUGCGGAACAUAAUACCGAUUUCAAACGUGGAUUUUAAAUUGGACUGUGAUGUCAUCACUUUCGAGAACGGAGUCAGUGUUGCUCAUGCUUUAGUGUUCCAUGAACGUGCUAAAAUGCCUAAUCCAAAGCUAUGGUAUCCGAAGAUUAAGGGUGUACAGGAGACACCAAAACUGUACAAUUCCAGUGAUUUAAAAUCUGAGGAAGAAGUGUACAUAACACAUGUGGUUCACCCUGACAAGUUUUAUGUGAGAAAGCAUCAUCACCAAGAAGUAUAUGACAGAAUUACUGAAGAAUUGGAGCAAGAAUACAACCUGGCCUCAACUGCUGGGACUGUGUUUUUGCCAGAAAUAGGUAAAGUGUACGCAGUAAACUUGGAGAAGUGCCAGGAGAAUGUAUCAGCGGCGCAGUGGGCGCGCGGCGUGGUCACGGAGCUGCCGGGCCACAAGCGGGUCCGCGUGCGACUGCCCGACUGUGGCAGCUCUCUACUCUUGCACUGGUCCUCACUACGCUAUCUACAAACCAAAUUCACGACGCUCAGCGCACUAGCCAUAGAAUGCCACCUCGCAGGUAUUACACCCCCCAACAGACAAUGGAGUGCAGUUUCGUGUGAAUUCCUUAAGAAAUAUAAGGGCACUUUACUUGAAGUACGAAUUGAAGACAAUCGCAACAAAGGUAGACAAAACCGAAAAGACCGUGGCUCCGUCGGAGUUAUUCUUUACGAUAAAACUGACCCGGAAAACUUAGUUUGCAUUAACAAUGAGAUGAUCAAAUAUAAGUUCGGCGUAUCUUUCGGGAUUAACAAAUUUAGUGCAGCUCCUCCAGAAGAAUUAGUUGUCACAAAUAAGUUACCUGUACUAGAACCAAAACCAAGUAAACCACAAAAAAAUAAGAUAACAAUCUUAAAGAAAGAAACUGAAGAAAAAGUGAAAUCACCUGAAAGUAUUGAUGAUAAAGAUUUACUGGCUAAAGAUAAAGGGCCGCUUAGGUUAGAGGCCAAGGUUCUGAAUUACCAGUCACCUUCACAUAUUUAUAUUUCUUUAGUUCAUCAACAAAAAACUUUCAAUGAACUCUUCGAAAAAAUGCAAAAAUAUUACUCUAAUAAGAAUAAUAAAAACAAGCAGAAAGAAGACUGGAAAGUUGGUGACAGAUGUAGCACACUGUGCCAGCAAUCACAAACUUGGCGCAGAGCUAUUAUUAUGGAGCUGAAAGACAGUAAUGUAAAGUUAUUCUACAGUGAUUUUGCCUGUAUUGAGACAGUUCCAAUAUCUAGUUUAAAAGAACUGACUCCAGAAUUUUCUAAGAUUGGUGAUGCUGCUAUAAAAUGUCAUUUAUGUGGAAUCAUGCCGGCUGUGGGUGACGAGUGGCCACUGAUUACCAAAGAAUAUUUAAAAGAACUUCUUGAUGCAUACAAGAGAAUAUUUGUAACAAAAAUGGGGACCUUCAAAGAUAAAAGUAUGCCAAUUCAACUGUGGGUCUAUCAUACUGUGCAAGGAGGAGCCUUAGAACCCAAUAAAUCGACAUGGCGUUGUUUGAAUGAAAAAAUACUUGAACAAGGCCUCUGCGUACCUGACCAAUCUCAAGUCGUCCCAACUGAGAACAAUGCCGAAGAUUCGCAAGAUAUGCUGUCGUUCCUCAAUAUAACUGGUUCCGUGAAUGAGUGGCUACUAUUAGAGCCUAUGCCUAUGAAACCACUGGAAAAAGAAAAAGUUGAUAGUCGUUCCAAAACAAAUUCACCCACGCCUUCCCAAGAGGACGAAGAUAACUAUUCCAGUACCAAAGAAGACCCUAGUCCUUCCAAUGUAAUGUACAUUACUGACUGGUUACCACCAGAACCUCUCAAUUGCAGGGAAUUUACAGCGUUACCGACGUACAUAGAUAACGAUGGUAUUAUUUACUUACAUGACAUACGGCAACAAGAUACAUUGGAUCUUAUUCGUAAAGCACUAGAUGUUCGUUUCAAAGGACCUGACCCAAAAGCGAAAUAUACAAAAUGGAGUGUAGGGGAACCAUGCGUAGCGUUAUUCUUUUUAGAUAACCGCUAUUAUAGAGGACGAGUUAUUGAAGUAGACAGAGAUAAUUCCACGUGUAUCAUUCAUUACAUAGAUUACGGUAAUGAAGAGACAUGCUCAUUUGAAAAUUUAAGAAAGAGUGUUCCACUCCACCAAAUUCCGACGCAAGCACACAAGUGUAUGUUGAGUCGUAUACGUCCCGUCGGAAAACAAUGGGACAGACAAACAUUAGAUUAUAUUCACAAAUCAAUUGUGGAAAAACAAUGCUUUGUAAAAGUAGUAGGUGAUGCAGUAAACGGUGUAAUACCAAUAGAGCUAAAGUAUGACAAAUUGUGGAUAAAUGACCACUUGGUCGAUUUUGAAUUGGCUGAAUACAAAGAUGGUACAAAAGCCCCUGUCAUGAAGUAUUGUCCAGUUAAAAAGAACAAAGAAAUAAUCCAAGAAGAUACAAUUCAAUAUGAUUCUGGACCAGAUUAUAUUGCAGUUGACGAUCAAGAUACAGAUCAGUUAUCUUCAUGUCAAAAUUCUUUUGAUGCAAGUUCUUUAAAAGCUGCCGACUGGAACAAAUUAAUGGAAAAUGAACAGUCUGCAACUGAUGGAAAGUUUCUUACAUUCCCAAAACAUUCUGAUGAUGAAUACAUGUGUAAUAUCGCUCUCAUUAAUGAUGUUAACACAUUAGAACUUAGUAUUGUUUGGGAUGAAGAUACAUCUAGAGUUUAUGAACAGAUGUUUGAAGAGAUACAGUCUGAAAGUAUGAAUAUGUCACCACUCGAUGGCAUAUUUGAGAACAAAGCAUGUAUUGCAGUAUUCCCAGAAGACGGCCGGUGGUACCGCGCGGUUAUUUUACAAUAUAGCGAAAAAAAAGGUCGUGUUAAAGUAAGGUAUGUUGACUAUGGUAACAUUGAAAUUAUUUCCUUAGCUGAUACAAGAGAGAUUUGUGAAGAAUUGGUCAAACUUCCGCCUGCAACUAUAUCUGCUAAAUUGUUUGGCGUGCGCUUAAAUCCCGAUACAGAUAUCAGUGUUAUUACACAAAAUUAUGCUCAAGUUUUCUUGGAUAAAGGACCUUUCCAAGUGAAUAUCAAGGGUUAUGACGGUCCAGUGCCAUUGGUAGAGAUAAGAUAUGAAAAUAGUGAUUUGGUAUACAAAAAACUUAUUGAAGAUAAUAUAUUCAUAAAAUGUGAUUAAUUUUAAGUAGGUUUCACCGUCGUUUUGUUUAUUUCCCUUUGAUCAACUAUAACAACUGGUAAUAGGUGUCAUAAAAGACCAAAAAUUUUUAAAUCUAAGUUUAUUUAAAUUUUAACCAAGUGUUUCUUGCGAAAUACCCAACUUACUCAUUGUAGGUACAUAAGUAUCGAGAGUAACUCAGUAAGACAAUUCGAUCGUAAACUGUGCUAGUAGUAUUACAUCUAUGUUAGUAGUAUUACAAGCGAAAUAUUAAACUGAAUAAGAGCUCACGCUUAAAGUGAGCUCUUGAUUUUUGUGCGGUUAUACUUUAUCGAAUUCAUUUUCAAUACAUAUUUGAAACUGUAUUGAAACCUUCAAAUGUUUCAGGACAUUUACUUUUUUUACUUUAAGUUAGUGUACUGAUUAUAAACUUUGAACUAAAUAAAUCUUGCAAAAUUA